AUGGUCCUCAUUGGAUUCGAGAGUGGCGUGCUCAAUCGGAAAAUCGCGUCGCCCACCAACCGCAAUACAUUCCGGCCUCAACAUAUGAGCGCAUCCAAGACGAUUAUCAUCGUGAUUAUUUCGUUGCCUCCCAGCCUCGUCAGAACUAGAGAGCAGCAGCGACAGCAACAGCAACAGCAGCACUUCAUCACAUCAAACACAAUGGGUUCCGUUGUGUCUAAAUUCUCCUCCUGCAUCAAGCAGGCUUUUGCCCGGUUGGCGAAGGCGUUCCCCCAGCGGCGGGCAGCGCCUAAGCUAGAGGCAGCGGUGGCCCCGGAGCCAAUUCUCCGGGAGCCGAUCAACAGCUUCUGCCGCAAGAUGCGGGCAAUAAAGGCACGCCAGUACGUGUCGUGGGAGGAGGAUCUGCCCAGGGCAGACGCCCCCCAAUUCUACAAGGUGCGGAAGCAGGACAAAAACCUGCUCAUGCUGCAUGGCAACAAAAGCAUGAUCUGGUAG